CAAAAACGCAGAGCUGUACAACUUUUGCUGCAAACAUUUGAGAUUUUGCGGCUUUGCACUUGGAAUGAAGUGUGCUAAACUUAUCUGAACUCAUUAGUUAGAGGGAAUUUAACUGAAAACAAAAUGGGGGAUGCAGACAGAGAGCAUACUCCCCUUAGGGAAAUAAGUAACAUGCCACGGCUUGAGUCUCGUCAGGGGAGCCUCUCUAAGCCUGGUAUAGAGGACCAGCAUCGCUAUACAACCUUAAUGAAGAAACCCCGUCAAGCUGCAGAGGAGGGGCACCCCCGGUUAUCAUUGGAGCACCUCAACAAGGCGGCCAAGAAAGUUCAGAAUAAAACUGAGGAGUGUUUGAGAGAGAAUGAUUCAGGUUUGCAUCACGUCGAUGAAGGUUUCUACAUACGCAACACUCUCUAUGAGAAGUUGUACUCCUACCAGAGGGAAGCACUUAUGUGGUUCUGGAGGCUCCAUCGCAAAAACAAGGGAGGAAUUCUUGGAGAUGACAUGGGACUUGGUAAGACAAUCCAAAUGGUUUCUUUUAUGAGGGAAUUGUUUGAGACGGACCAGGUCAAGACGGUACUCCUUGUUCAGCCAGUGACUCUCAUCUUCAACUGGAAAAAGGAGUUUGAGAAAUGGGCACCAGCAAUCUUUGUUGAAUCACACCGCAGCAACAGUGAACUUAAACGAGAGCAAGCCCUGGACAAGGUUCAGCGUAGAGGAGGCGUGCUGUUAACCAGCUAUGGUCUGGUGCGAACCAAUCAUGCACUACUCUCACACAUAGAUGGAAAUCCAUUCACUUGGGACUAUAUGAUUCUUGAUGAGGGACACGAGAUCAAGAAUCCCAGUAAAACCACCGAAGCAGUGCACAAAGUACCAGCGCACCACAGACUGAUUCUCACAGGCACUCCUAUACAGAAUAACCUCAAGGAACUGUGGACGUUAGUUGACUUUGUAACACAAGGCACAUUGCUAGGCACAUCACAGACCUUUAAUUCCGGGUUUGCUAACCCCAUCACAAGAGCAAGAGAAAAAGAUGCCACUGAAGGAGAGCGUUGUCUCGGCACUGAGAUGGCUAAACGCCUGCGUGAAUUGAUCACUCCAUACUUUUUGCGACGCACAAAGGAGGAUGUCAAAAAAUGCAGAGACACACCCAUUAAGAAUGCAAAGGUUCCAAAAGACCAGGGGGAAGAUGAGGAUACAGAACGAGUGCCCGAGUUCCCCACAUUGGAAAAGAAAAAUGACUUUGUUAUUUGGUUACCUCUGACUGGCCAACAGAUCAAGAUCUAUAGCGAUUUCCUCAAACUAGACGAAGUGAAAGAGCUCUUGAUAAAAAUGAAAAGCAGUUCCACGCUAGUGAAGGUGACGACACUCAUGAAUCUUUGUGAUCACCCCCGCCUGCUGCCUGUCAAAGCUUGUAAGAAACUAGGCAUAGAAACAGCAGAUAAUGAAUGUAAGAAAGAGGAGGACGAUACAGACUCAACUGCGCCGAGCAAGAGUUCAGCGAGCCACGCCCUAAACAACAUCCCCGAUGAGAAGCUGAUGGAGGAGUCGUCCAAACUGCAGUUCCUGAUUAGACUCCUGACCAACCUGAAACAGGAGGGGCACAAGACCCUGGUCUUCAGUAAGUACCGCAAGAUGCUGGAUAUCAUCGAGAAGGUCUUGAAGAAUCAGAACUUCCAACUGGAGCGUAUUGAUGGAAAAAUCAAACUGGAUGAUCGGGAGAAGCGUAUUUCAUCAUUCCAGCAGAACAGCGAACUAUCAGUGUUUCUCCUGACAACUCAAGUAGGAGGAGUUGGUUUGACUCUAACUAGUGCUGACAGGGUAGUCAUAUAUGAUCCAAGUUGGAACCCAGCCACUGACAGCCAAGCCGUUGAUCGUGUUUACCGUAUCGGUCAGAAACGCUCAGUGGUCAUCUACCGUCUCAUCUCAUGCGAUACAGUGGAGGAGAAGAUGUAUAGGAGGCAGAUCUUUAAGGACUCAUUGACCAAACAAGCUACUGGAACCUCCAAAAAUCCAUUUCGCUACUUCUCCAGGAAAGAACUACAUGAUCUGUUUACCCUGGAUGACCCUCACUCAUCCUCCACACAGCUACAGCUGCAGGAUAUGCACGCCGCCCAACGCAAGACAGACAUCGAGCUUGAUGAACAUAUUGUUUUCCUCAACUCACUAGGUAUUUUUGGACUGAGUGAUCAUGACUUGAUGUUCUCUCAGGAAGCAGACACUGAGAACCAGCAAGAGCAAGAGCAAGCUGCCAAGUCCGUCCAGUAUAAAGUCAAUCGAGCGCAAGAGCUUGUCUCAGCAGAGUCAGGCUUGACCCAGAAACUCAAGGAUCACAUUGAGCAGGACACUGAGGGUCCCGGUAAAUCUAAAGGAAAAAAAGAAGAGGAAGAGGACUUGAACAUGUCUAUGGCUAAUAUGACCUUAGAGGCGCAUGAUUGGAAUUCUAAGGACUCUGGAAAGUACCAAGAUUUGGACACAUUUAACGAUAUGCUCCAAGAUGACAGCGAGCAGGACAAAAGACGAAACUGCCUCCUACUUCAUGGUUUAUCUGAAUCCGCUAAUGACAUCACUGUUGUCUUAGCCACCUUGAACAAAAAACUCAAACUAAAGCUCACUGAAGAUGACAUUGACCGAUCUAAUCGCAUCGGUCAAUCUAAGAGGAAUCCGGGUGCCUCCAACAGUAAACCCAAGCCACGCCCCUUCGUAAUCACGUUUGUCAGCUACAAAACAAGGUCAAAAGUGUUCAAGAACAAGCGUCUUCUUAAAGGAUCCGGCCUUUUCCUGACUGAAGACCUUAUCAAGCAGAGACGAGAGCUCCUUCAAGAGGCAAAACGAAGAUCUUCAGUUGACUCAGCGUGGACCCAGGAUGGGAAAAUCAUUUUGCUGCUUCAAAGCAAGAGGAAAGUGACCAUCAAAACACUGACCGAACUGAACAAAUUUGCCUCUUAAUCAGCCUCCGGACAAUAGCCUCACUGCUGCCAACAAUGAUUACAUCUAUAGGUAUGCAUUCUAGCCUCGUUUUGAUUGUUUUGAUUUACAUAAAAGAAAACAUGAUGGCUGUGUAUGGUUAUUAUUUUCUUAAGUACCGUUUUCUUCAUAUUUUUCACUGGAAGUGUCGUGGCCGAGCGGUUAAGAGCACCGAAUUCAAA